UGUCUAUAUGUAUACCUGAUAGCACUUUGGUAUGUAGGUGGCGGCUGCUGUCCAUCAGCCAAUCUCUGAUAUGACAAGGGCCGUUAAGGUAUUUGGUGUUUUAUUCGACUGCCAUUCACAACAUUAUCCUCACAGUUGUUCUCACUGACAGUCAACGAAUACAACGAUGGAAUCAGAAAAAUGGAGGAGUUUUGAUUUAAAAGAACUUGAAAGACAAUAUUCUUGCAGCCAAUGGAGCCACCGAAUGCCAGCAUCAGAGGUGUUGCCCUCACAUAUAGAAUUCAUUAAAGAAAAAAGCGAUGAGGCAAAAUCUUGCAUUGACUGCGAGUUGGGAAUAAAGAUUGGUGAUGCCGAGAGACACAAGCUGGACAUAUUCGGCCAGAAGACUGCUGCCAAGGAUGCCCCUAUAUUGGUCUAUAUCCAUGGCGGUUACUGGCAACUUUUAGGACGUGAAUUAUCAUCAUAUAUGGUUAAGCCUAUCGUGAAAAUGGGUGGAAUCGUAUGCCCAAUUGGUUACAGCAUUGCACCUUAUGGAACCAUGGAGCAAAUUGUUGAUGAGGUGAAGAAGAGCGUCGCCUAUGUCUUAAAAUUGGCCAAGGAUCGUGGAUCAAGAGGUGUGUAUGUGAGUGGACAUUCUGCAGGGGGUCACUUGACAGCCAUGAUGCUCACUGUCGACUGGCAAGCAGAAAGUGUGGAUUCUUCUUUACUCAAAGGUGUCUUCCCAGUGAGUGGUGUCUAUGACCUUCGACCUCUUGUGCAUACAAGCGUCAACGAACCUCUUAAAAUGACUGAAGAGUCUGCCCAGAAAAUCAGUCCUGCGUUUUUGACAAACAAUAUAAUCAAGUUCAACAGAAACCGUGUCAUUAAAAUGUUUAUUGCAGAACAUGAUUCUGAAGAAUUCCAUCGUCAAGGUGAAGAAUUCUACAAUGCUUUGAAGUCUGCUGGUCUCACCAUUUCCAAUGAAGUCAUCCCAGACACUGACCAUUUUGAUGUCAUAGCAAAACUUGCAGAAGAUGAUUAUUACAUUAUCAAAGAAAUUAUCAAAACUAUGGGCUUGACUGUUGAUUGAACGAACCUUUGCAGACUUCAGAAACACAUUGUAGACAUCUAUAGAAAGGGUGAAGUGGUUGGUUUAUACAGAGCUUUUAGUAUCAAAGACCACACACACACACUGAUUGAUAUCUGAAGGUUAAAGACUCAUCAAUGAAAAAAUAGAGAUAAAUUAAAUAAAUAAUAAUUGGUUGUCAUCAGUUUUGACAAUGUGUUUUCCAGUUGUUUAAUCAAUGAGGUGGCCUUCUUGUUGGAUGGAGUGGGUCUGAAGACCAUGUGGUUGGGAAGCAAGCUUCUUAACCCUGCAGCCACACCUGUACCCCAUACUUAUAUACUGAAAUUACACUGGGCCUUGGUGUAUUAUCAAUCAUGCUUUGUGCUCACUUAUUACACAAUGUCUGAUUCAUCUUUUAAUCCUGACAAAGAAAUUUUUUUGAAAACACGUUUAAAAUAUAAAGCAUUAUUACUAUAGAAGAGGCACUGAGGCAAAUAUAAACCCUAGAAGCCAGGCAGACCACAGGACUGUUCAGAAGAAUAAAUGUGAUCUGGGCCAGCGCUUUGAUUGUGCCAGAGCAUUGUCCUGUCAAUGAAGAAGGCAAGGACAUCAUCAUUAGAAGAUCUUGUUGCACCAAAGCAUGUCCUGUCAACUGUAGUUUAUGCAGGAGAAACUUGGAGAAUGGUUGUUGAGAUAACUCAGAGGUUGAAUGCAUUUCUACCAAGGAUUUCUAUGCAGAAUAUCGAAGGCCACCUGCAGGAAGAGAAUCACAAAUUCUGAAGUCAUGAGAAGAACAAACUUGCACAGCCUGCAGGAGAUUGUAUUUGAAAGAACUGUGAGACUUGCAGGUUUUCCGAUUGCCAGAAGAAUGAUGACAGAGAGGAAGACCUAAAAGGACAUGAUGUACCACUUUCUUAGAAGAUCAGAAGCGAUUUAGCAUCACCUGGGAAGAUACAGGAGACUAUACUGAGAACCAGGAUGACUGGAGGCACCUUGCUGCCAACUGUACAAGAGGAACUAAGAAUAAGACUAAGACUUGGUUUUCAAUAUUUUAUUUCUAAGAAAAAUCACGACUCCCUCUAAACACUCAGCUCCUCUUUGUGAGCUUACGGCACCCACAAAAAGGUGCCACUUCUCGGUUUAAAAACCAUUGGUUUACAAGCAAUACAAGUGCUGCCAACAGAUGCAGGUGUGAAAACAACAAUAACAACAAAA